AACCUCCUCUACUGCACUCACGCGCAGAAAAAAAGAUAACGCGAUCUAUCGAUCUUUUUUCCAAUCAAAAAAAUACCGCCGUCUUAUAGGCUUCAUGGCUAUAGUCGGAUAAAACUGACGUUUACAAACGAACGCGUCGACCGAAUCCACUCAUUUAUUUCGUUCACAAUAUUUACGACGGCGUUAUUAAUUGGACAUGUCAUUUUAAUUAUGUAAAUAAGUAUGGGUGAUAAUCAAUUUAAAUUAUGUGUUUCGAUUUCGUUCGCUUAAUUUAAUGUAAACAGAUAUAUAUCAGUAGUUUGUGACGUUUUUACGGUGUUAAAAUAAAGCUUUAUAUUAUAAUGGAUUUUAUUGGAAGCUUGUCGGAUGUGCUACAGUAAAAUGGUUGAUAUUCUGCCUCAGUGGAGUUCGCUUUAGUUAGUGAUUUUAAUGGACCUCUGAUACCGACUUAUCAUACCAUUAUGGAACGACACCAAAAUGGUAUGGAUGUGUGGGUAGGUCAAGGGAGGGUCAAUCAGCUCGGAGGAUUGUUCAUCAACGGACGUCCGCUACCGAAUCACAUUAGGCUCAAGAUAGUAGAACUGGCGGCGGCCGGAGUCCGUCCGUGCGUCAUCUCGCGACAAUUGCGCGUCUCCCACGGCUGCGUCUCCAAGAUCCUCAAUAGAUACCAGGAGACGGGGUCAAUCAGACCAGGAGUGAUUGGUGGCUCUAAGCCGAGAGUAGCGACACCAGAGGUGGAAGCAAGGAUUGAGGAGCUCAAACGACAAAACCCCGGGAUAUUUUCAUGGGAAAUACGAGAAAAGUUACUAAAGGAGGGCGUGACCGAUCCACCCAGCAUUUCGUCGAUCUCCCGGCUGCUCCGCGGAGGCGCGAGAGACCCAGAUGGGAAGAAAGACUACAGCAUUGAUGGAAUUCUUGGCGGUCGUGGGUCGGAUUCCUCGGACAUCGAGUCGGAGCCUGGUUUGACGUUGAAACGGAAACAGCGCCGUUCCCGUACUACAUUCACCGGGGAACAACUGGACGCCCUGGAACGAGCCUUCCAUCGAACGCAGUAUCCUGACGUGUACACCAGGGAGGAGUUGGCUCUCCAAACUGGACUUACUGAAGCCAGAAUACAGGUCUGGUUCUCAAAUAGACGUGCCCGAUUAAGAAAACACACCGGUUCAAAUUCAACUCCUAGUCUCACUGGUUACUCCACCUUGCCAAUGCCUCAGAUACCGUGUCCGUAUCCAGCUGGAGAAAUUUCAUCUCUAUCUCAACAUCACACACAGCAUCCUGAUCCUUGGCAUCAUCAAAAAUAUGCUAACUAUAAUCAACUCAUGGCGCAGUCACAACAUUUAAACCAAGCUUUUCAAAACGCUGCUUUCCCAAGUACAUCUGGUUCUACUUUCAGCCAUCUAGUGAGUGGUACAAAUGGAACUACACAUAGCCAAAUAUUGGACGCUGCUAUCCCCAGAAAUGACUACGCAAGAUAUCCCAAUAACGAUGUCUACAAUAAACCUAUUAAUUACCUUCCGAAAGAAACAGAAGGUGAAGAUAAAGUAACCAGUGAAGAAGUUAUUGAAAAUAGAGAGGAUGCUUUUGUGAAAACAACUGCUGACGAAUACAGCAAGGCAUUACCAAAUAAUGAUUAUCCAAAAAUCCCUACUGAUUAUUCAAAAGUUUCAGUAGACCCAUCCUCAUCUGCUAAUUGGAGUCCUUCCCAUAAUUCCCUAAACAUGAGUUUAGCUGGUCUCUCCGGUGAAUAUAAAUAUAUGAAUGAUCCAUAUUCUUUCCCGAAUAUUCCUGAUCCCCUUACUCAACAUAGUUAUCCUAAUCCACCUAAUAAUCCAACUAGUAAAUAUUGGAUUUGACAAAGUACAUUAAUAAUCUCAACAUUAUCUUGUAUUAAUACUAAAUAUAAGUUGUUAACUUUAUUUAAUUUAAAAAAGUUGUAUAUAAAAAAAUACCUCUAUUCUACAUUCCAUUAUAUAGAAUUUAGAUUUAUUGCUUGUAAACCAAACAUUUGUAAAAAAAUAUUAGAAA